AUGUACAACAUGCAGGACACUUUCGUUCCGACUGUGAACAUGUCUCUGCCGAAUGCGCUCGGGGUCAUUGCAGGAUCGAACCCUGUUCUUACGUUGUGCGUCGAAGAUCGUUUCACGAUUUUCAGGUACGAUUCAAACAAGUACAUACUCGUCGUCAUCGUGUCCACAAACUUUCUGAUAGAUGCUGAACUCAUCAUCGACGCGUCGACGUCGAAUAUGAUGUGCUCGUUCGACUUCGACCGAGCGCCUGCCAUGCAACACCAGUCUAUGUUUGUGGGAGAUUGCGCAGUAUGGUCCCGAACAGCACACAACUACUACGCGAAGACUCCUGUGUGGAUGCGGAACAACCGUACUUUUUUUAUUCAGUUUUAA